AUGGUAGAGAUGGGGGGCUCCUUGGACCCGUUGGUGUCUACGGCUUCGGCCAGUGUUUUCCCUCACGGGUCGCCUCUGCAUAUGAGGAAGUACGUUGACGGCAUGUUCAUUGGCGGUCGAGGUGAGGGGAACAUCCGAGAAGGAGAGAUGCUACUGGGGGCGGACUCGGCGCGUGGUUCUUCCAGUGGGGGAAUCGAAGAUGUGAGGACUGUUAUUGGGAAGCUCAUCAUGAUGGGGAUGGCUACUGAUGAGAGCAGGGAACGGCAGGUUGGCGCUCAUAGUGAGACACUGGAUGAAAGAGCUCGUCGUUCAUUGGACUCCGAAGGGCUUCUCAGUUUGGUGGAAUCACAGCUGCUACCUUUGAUGGAGAAUAGGAAGGCGCUCAGCAAGAUGAGAGAGCCGGAGGGGCUGGACGGAGUUGUGGUCGGCGAGGUGAUCUCGAGAAGAAGAGGAAGGAGGAGUACUUGGAGGAGCGAGAGAGGGAGAGGGAGAAGGAACGGCAGAGGGAACUCCAACGUGUUGUAA